CGCCAGCCACUUGUCGUGAGCACGCGAUAUAUAUACGCGGCUUGAUCGCGAUUAAGUUUCUCGUUUCUUCAUAUUUUUAUCAAUCGUCGAUUGUUCGAUCUUAGCUGUUCGAUCCGCGUUCCAAUCGCAGUUAUUCGAUAUUGAAAAAUGCCGUUUCCGGAAACCGCCAAUGGUCAUGACAGCUACUCGGCUGUCAAACGGUUGACCAAUAACGAUGUGUUGCAAACAAACGUGAAGCAGGAGCGACACACGUACACCUUCGAAAUAUUGCAGGAGUCAGCGCAAUACUUACUGGACCGCAUCAAGAUUAGGCCGAAGAUAGGGGUGAUAUGCGGUUCGGGAAUGGGAUCAUAUGAGCAAAACGAGUUGUGUCCAGGUUCGAUCGCGGAAUCCCUCGUGGACAAGCAAUGCUUCCCCUACGAAGAGAUCCCACAUUUUCCGGUGUCCACGGUAAAAGGCCACACCGGCCAGAUGGUCUUCGGUUAUCUUCAAGGCGUACCGGUCAUGUGCAUGCAGGGCAGGUUUCAUUAUUACGAAGGCUAUCCACUCUGGAAGUGCGCCAUGCCGGUGAGAGUGAUGAAGCUGGUAGGAGUGACGCAUCUAAUCGCUACAAACGCGGCCGGCGGUCUAAAUCCCACCUACAAAGUCGGUGACAUCAUGAUAGUGAAGGAUCAUGUGAAUAUGAUGGGUUUUGCCGGUAACAACCCGCUUCAAGGACCGAACGACGACAGAUUUGGUCCUCGAUUUCCGCCCAUGAACAAGGCUUACAACGCCACGUUGAUGGAGAUCGGUAGACAGGAAGCUGAAGAAAUGGGUAUUGGCGAUAUCGUACACAAGGGAGUUUACACGUGUUUGGGUGGGCCCAAUUUCGAGACGGUAGCAGAGUUGAAGAUGCUGCGAAUGGUCGGCGUCGACGCCGUUGGUAUGUCCACGGUUCAUGAAGUGAUCACCGCCCGGCAUUGCGAUCUCACCGUGUUCGCAUUCAGUUUAAUCACCAAUUCGUGCGUCACUGAAUACGAGGAUCACGGUGAAGCGAACCAUGAGGAAGUGAUGGACGUUGGCAAGGCGCGACAGCCGGUUCUUCAGGAAUACGUGUCCAGAAUCGUGAUACGUCUCAGAGACAUGCUGCAAUUACCGACGAAAUAAUUUGUUCGAGAUUUUGACGAUCGGGAACGUUCGCUUCGCCAUAGGGGGGAUCUCAGAUUGUUGAGUUGUUCAUUUCAAUUCUUUAUUUUCAUCUCUAUAAACAAAGCUCCGGAAAGUUUCGUUUAUUAAGAAUUGAGAAAUUGUAGCACCAAAUAAGGUUUCAAUUUCAGCUUUCGUCUAUCCAGUAUAAGAUUCUUGAAUUACUUUGAGAUCCUUUCUUAACGAAACUGUAGUAAUAGCAAUCAUAAGUGGCGGAGACUUAAUGCGUGAUUGACAGGGGCAGUUCUCGAAUCCUCGUUAUUCCCAUCGCAGUUUCUUACCUAUUUAGUUGGCGUCUAGGUUCCACUUAUCUGAAUUUGAGCUCGAUUCAGAUCUCAAUUGAUUCGUUAUCGCGUCUUGAGGGGCCCUCGUUGGAGAAGGAAAUGAGGAAGGAAUGGGGGGAAGAAGAGAAGAAAAAGGAGCGGAGAAGGAG